AUGCGGUAGUGUAACGUCCAAAGAAUCUAAACUUACUUCCUUAUCAGCUGUUUGUCCGUCUUAAGACAAAGAACCCAACUCGAAUUUCAUCAGUUAUUCGCCGGUUAUCGCUGUUUAAGCAGCAAUUGGAACAACGUCAGGAUUUAUUAUCAAACUAUAUAAUUAUUAAAACUAAAUCUUUAACAUAAAGAACAGAAAUGAUUUUGAAAUCAUUUAGUGUCUUUCUAAUUUUAUUAUUUUUGCAGCCUCAUUUAGCUUUAAUUUUCAUUAAAAAACCGAUUGAAUGGAGCACCACUUAUACAGCAAAAGGAACACUUUAUAUUCCUUAUGCAGAAAUAGAAGAACCUUUUUACGCUUGGUUUGAUUCAUCUUCCGGUCAAUCUAGAAUCGAUUAUUAUGGUGGAAUGGUGAAAACAUAUCAACUUUCAACAUAUAAACCAUACGGAACCAGUUUAAAGAUAGCUCCAGUUACUACAGAAGAAAAAACUAACACUAAUACUUGUUUACAAGUUAAUGGAACGAAAGAUUAUCAAAUCGAACAGCAAACAAUUUUGCCUGAUCUUACAGGAUUUAGUUAUUUAGGUGAUGAAGUAAUAAAUGGGCAAAACACACAAAAAUGGCAAUUAGUUCAAAGUAUUGGCCAAAAAAGUAAUAAAUACACAAUUUGGUUAACAUUCAAAAAUGAUUUUCGCAAAAAAACUGUAAAAUAUGCUGUUCCAAUUAAAUAUGAAAUGAAGGGCUUUAAUUCUUUGUUAGGUAGCCAUUAUGAUCAUUACUAUUUAGAAUAUUCUUACUUCGACAUUAGUCCAAUUGCUCCAGAAACCUUUGAACUUGAAGAAGAUAUGACAUGCAGUUCAUUUCCGGGACCUGGCGAUAAACACAUCUACACAUUCAACCCAAUUAAAGAAUUUAUCCAUCCAGCUCACUCUUACGAUAAUUAUUUAGACAACGAAUUCCAACGUUUCACUAAUAAACACGCAAAAUCUUACUCCGAUCAUAAAGAACAUAUACGCCGAAAAGAAAUUUUUAGACAAAACAUUCGAUUUAUCCACUCAACAAACCGAAAAAGCCGUUCGUUUACGUUAACCGUAAAUCAUCUUGCUGAUAAAACUGAAACGGAAUUAAAAGCUUUACGUGGAAAACAAUAUUCGAAUGUUUACAAUGGUGGUUCACCGUUUCCAAAAAUCGAAAAUCGCCUUUCUUUACCAACUCAAUUUGAUUGGAGAAUUUUUGGGGCUGUUACUCCAGUUAAAGAUCAAUCGGUUUGUGGAAGUUGUUGGUCUUUUGGUACAAUUGGAGCUGUUGAAGGAGCACUCUUCUUGAAAACGAAGAAUUUAGUACGGUUAUCCCAACAAGCUUUAAUUGAUUGUUCAUGGGGGUAUGGUAAUAAUGGCUGUGAUGGUGGUGAAGAUUUUAGAGCUUACCAAUGGAUGUUAAAACAUGGCGGGGUGCCUACUGAAGAAGAUUAUGGACCUUAUUUGGGACAGGAUGGUUAUUGUCAUAUUGAUAGUGUAACUCCAGUAGCAAAAAUAACAGGUUACGUUAAUGUAACAUCAAAUGAUCCAAUUGCAUUAAAAACUGCAAUUGUUAAAUAUGGACCAAUAAGUGUUGCAAUUGAUGCGAGUCACAAGAUGUUUAGUUUUUAUUCAAACGGUGUUUAUUAUGACGAAUCUUGUGGUAAUAAAUUGGAAGAUUUGGAUCAUGCUGUUCUUGCGGUUGGUUAUGGAACAAUUAAUGGUGAAGAUUAUUGGUUAAUUAAGAAUAGUUGGUCGAAUUAUUGGGGUAAUGAUGGUUAUAUAUUGAUGUCAGCUAAGAAUAAUAAUUGUGGAGUUAUGACAACGCCAACUUUUGUUACUAUGUAAUUGUUAAUACGAAACAAAUUUUUACAUUAAGUUUUUAAAAAUUAAAUAUCAAUAAUUGCUUUCUAAAUAAA